AUGGUUAUUUCCACUUCUUCGCGAGAGUUCGCUUUCUUGGAGCUGUUUGCAGGAUGUGCGGGGUUCUCUGGAGCUGUAAAGAGGGUAAAUGCAGAAUCAGUGCGUGUGUUGGAACCGCUGGAUGACGGCAAUGGUUGGGAUGUGCUUUCUGAAAGCGGGUUUGAUCAAGCAAAGGCCGCAGUUCGGGACGCCAGUCAUGUGCACAUCGCGUUCCCUUACCAUUCAUUCGCUAGGGACGGGUGUUCGGAUCAGCACGGAUGUGUGGAACAGGUGAGAUCUGAGAAGCAACCCGAGGGAUGGGGACAUCCAGUGGCGGAGAAGGGUAACGCAGUCCUGACCAAAGCAGUGGCAUUAGCCAUGAUUGCGCUCGAUGCUGGUGCGACUGUGUCCUUGGAAAAUCCGUGGUCAUCGUAUGCAUGGGAGACUAAGGUGAUGAAGCGGCUUAUGAAGAAACUCGGAUGCCAGCCAAUGGAGCUGCACCAGUGUGCUUACGGGGCUGAGACGCAGAAACCGACCGGCAUUCUCACAAAUGCGGCAUGGAUGGAGGCUGUCUCCAAGCGCUGUAAGGACGUCCGUGCUCAUCGGCAUCGGCAAGGCGAGUUACCAGGCAAAAUGUGGGACCCGACAACUUCGGAAUACCCGACGGGUUUGUGCAUGGCCUGGGCUAGAUCCUUGCAACUAUGGUUGGCUUCGGAUGCCGGCAAGCAGAAUCGAGAGCAGCAUACUUUCGUCCGAGUGGGCAUGCAUGGGAAUGUCCUUGUUCGGGCUAGUUUGAAGCGAUCUCGGGACACGAAUGCUGUCACGGCGUCGACUGAAUCGACCGGCCCGAUGGCUGAUUCUAGCAAGGCUGAGGUUCGGGAGCGUGAAAAUACCGAAUGCUUGGGAGGACUCAGAGACCCUCGUCGUGCUGUGGCCAGAUCAUCUAAGCUGAGGAAGGUUGGCACAAUGAUCCGAAUGUGCAUCGAUUCCUGCUUGAGUGAUCAGGUCUUACAAAGUUGGGAAAAUUCACAGGGAACCUCUCCGUUUGAGUCGAGGCUAGUUGCAGAGGGUCGGCGAAAGCUGGCAUCAGUGUUUAAAGCAACUGUGCGCGAGGGAAGCGGGUAUCAGGAUGACCUCAUCCAGAAAAUCCUCGAGGAAGCUGAGGAUCCUGAUGCAAAGGUUGUUCCGGGAUGGAUGCGUGAUGGCUUUCCAUUGGGAAUCAGCCGUACGAUUGAGAACACCGGAGUGUUCCCAUGCACGGAUGAGGUGUCAGCAUCCAUUAAAGCUUCCCAAGUGACCGGCACCCUCCUUGAAGAUUGGGAUGGUUCGGCUACAAACUACAGUUCGUUUGUGGAUGCGGGGCCUAAAGCUGAAGCGGAGCUCGAUCGGCUUGUCACUGAGGGGAGGGCCACGUUGGUUGCUGAUUGGCAGGCGGUCAUCGAUGCGGUGGGACCCGAUGCCAAGCUCACCAAGCUAGCGUGCAUCAUCAAAACGAAGGGUGACCUUGAAAAGGUGCGCCUAGUAGUUGACAUGCGCCGGAGCGGAAUCAAUGGCAUGAUGCAGCUGUUUGAACGAGUGGUACUGCCAAGGAUUUCUGAUGUUGCUGAGUCAUUGCGUCACAUUUUUCAGGACCCACGAAACUGUGACAAAGAUCUCGAGUUCAUGAUUGCAGACUUUUCGGAUGCUUUUCUCACUUUAAAGCUGCACCCGGAUGAGCGACCUUGGGUCGUCAUCAAGGGCCCCAAAGGUUUCUAUUUUGUUCAUGCCAUUUGCUUCGGAUUAGCAUGCGGCCCCGUGUUGUGGGGCCGAGUCGCGGCUGUCGCGAUGAGGUCUGCUCAGCUGGAUUUCCAACUUGGUGCCGAGUGCCAGACCGUGGACAUCUAUGGUUUGGGCAGUCCGAGGGACCAGCUGGCGAGCGCGGCGAAGCACAGGGUCAUCGGAACUGCAGGGAACAAGCAGGCCAAGGCUAACUUGGCGGCUUGCGGCCACGUAGAAUUGAUCAGCUUUCACGUGGCCAUUUUGGCGAAAGCCGCCCCGGCGUCCGAGGGACCAGCUGGCGAGCGCGGCGAAGCACAGGGACUGGCUGUGCGAGCAGGGCCGCUUUGGCUUGAAGACCCCCGACCCGAAGAUCAAGGCAGUGGCUGCUGGUUAGAGCUUCUGUUAGGAGGCAGAUGGAAGCAGGUGGAGGAGGUUCAGGUGCCAAGCCUUGCAGAGGGAGAAACCGAGGCGUCAAAGUAUGCGGAUGCAUGCGGUUUGGAGGGAGGUUGUCGCCAGGCCAACGGCCGCGGCGUUUUCAUUCACCGUGGUCGCAGCAAGGAGGUGGAUCCCGAGGUCGUCGCAAAGCUGGAUGAGGUUCGCAAGGCGAAGGGCAUGACACCUCGGGCCGUUUCCGACGAGGAGAUUUGCGAGAGGCUCUUCUUCUCCAUGAUCAACGAGGGCUUCAAGAUCCUCGAGGAAGGGUAUGUGGCCCGAUCCUCGGACAUCGACCUGGCCUACAUCUACGGCUACGGCUUCCCCCCUGCCAAGGGCGGCCCCAUGUUCUACGCCGAGAACUAUGCCGGGUUCAAGAAGAUCCUGGAGCGCGUGAAGUACUACCACGAACAGGCCAAGGAGCGGUUCACCAAGAACUCCAACUACUUGCCAAUCGACUAUUUCGAGCCCUCCAAGCUGCUGGAGGCCUGCGCGGCCAAGGAAGGCACAAAGGUGUUCCCCGGCCAGACACUGAUCGACGUGGUGCUGGCCGACUUCCGCAAGAAGGGUUCUGAUGGAGUCGGCGUGCUGACUAUGAACAGCCCGCCGGUGAACUCGCUUGGCACGAGCCUGGUGACCUCGUUCAAGCGCCUUGUCGGGUUUCUGGUGAAGUGGGAGUUCCCGAAGCUCGUCCAGGAUCCAAAGGCUCAGCUGGGGUCUGCGGUGGAUGACGGACUUGUCGUCGAAGAUUCAGACGCGAGGUUUGCCAUGAUGGUGGCAAUGGGUGAGGCCGAGAUGAGGAAGAACAACCCCGUGGCGGCCCUGAGCGAGAUGAUGGACACGAUCGAUGCCUCGCCCAAGACUGUGGUAGCAGCUCUCAACGGUCCCGCCUUGGGUGGUGGCUGCGAGGUGAGCUUGGCGUGCCACUACCGUGUUGCGGCGCCAAAGGCAUCCGUUGGCUUUCCGGAGGUGAACCUGGGCUUGCUGCCGGGUGCACAGGGCACUCAGCGGCUGCCUCGCGUGGCCGCUCUCCCUGUAGCGCUGCCGAUGAUCUUGCAGGGACGUCCCAUGAAUGCGGAAGCCGCAAAGAAGAACGGCAUCAUCGACGCGGUCGCCAAAGGAGAUGUGGUGGAUGAGGCUGCAGAGUUUGCGCUCACGCAUCCGCCAGCCCCCAUCUCCAAGCGAGAGGUGCCUAAGACCAACCGUUUCAUGAUGGCAGCCGGAGGUUUGGAGGGGGCAUUGAACACGGCCUUCAACGCACAGCCUUUGAUGGUGGCACCUGGCGGCAUCAUCAAGUGUUUCGAGGCUGCCUGUUCGGGCAAGAGCUUCAGAGAGGGCGUGGCCGUCGAGAUGGAGGAGUUCACGAAGCUGGUCUUCUCCGUGCAAUCAGCCGCUCUGAGACACCUCUUCCUGGCCGAGCGCAUGGCGCAGAAAGUGCCUGGCGUCAAUGAGAAGCCAGCGCCGCUGAAGAAGAUUGGCAUUCUGGGUGCCGGACUCAUGGGCGGCGGCAUCGCCAUGUGCUUCGUGCAGAAGGGAGUUCCGGUUGUCUUGAAGGAUGCGAAGCAGGAGUGGCUGGAUGAUGGCAUGAAGAAGAUCCAGGGACUCUGGGGUGGUCAGGCCAAGAGGGGCCGAUUGAGCCAGGACAAGUACAAGCAGUACAUGAGCCUUCUGAAGCCGACGCUCGACUAUGCCGACUUCAAGGAUGUGGACAUGGUCAUUGAGGCGGUUCCAGAAAUUAUGGACCUGAAGAAGCAGGUGUUCCUCGACAUUGAGAAAAACACCAAGCCGGAUGCUCUGAUCUGCACCAACACAAGCGGGCUGAACAUCGACGAUAUCGCAGCGGUGCUCAAAGAUCCUUCUCGUGUCAUGGGAACCCACUUUUUCUCACCCGCCAAUGUGAUGCAGCUGCUUGAGAACGUGCGAACAUCCAAGUCCAGCACCAAAACGUUGGCCACCGGAAUGGCCAUGGGCAAGCUGAUCAGCAAGAAGGCGAUCAUGGUGGGCAACUGUGAUGGCUUCGUCGGCAACCGAAUGCUUGCGCCGUAUGCUGGGGAGGCGAAGAUGGUCCUGGAGGAAGGUGCCAGCAUCGAGCAGGUCGACGCCGCGGCGCAGAAGUUCGGCAGCCCGGCGGCAGCCCAAAGAGUGCAGGCAGAGCGAAGAGGCAAGAAAUGGAGACUGCUGGAAGGCAUGGCCAUGGGUCCGAUGGCCUUGGGUGACUUGGUGGGCUUGGAGCUUUUCUGGAAGCAGCGGAAGGCGGCCGGUGACAUGCAGAAGCAGACCAAGACCUACUAUGGUCCGUAUGAGCUCACGGACUGGCUGUGCGAGCAGGGCCGCUUUGGCUUGAAGACCCCCGACCCGAAGAUCAAGGCCAACGGCCGCGGCGUUUUCAUUCACCGUGGUCGCAGCAAGGAGGUGGAUCCCGAGGUCGUCGCAAAGCUGGAUGAGGUUCGCAAGGCGAAGGGCAUGACACCUCGGGCCGUUUCCGACGAGGAGAUUUGCGAGAGGCUCUUCUUCUCCAUGAUCAACGAGGGCUUCAAGAUCCUCGAGGAAGGGUAUGUGGCCCGAUCCUCGGACAUCGACCUGGCCUACAUCUACGGCUACGGCUUCCCCCCUGCCAAGGGCGGCCCCAUGUUCUACGCCGAGAACUAUGCCGGGUUCAAGAAGAUCCUGGAGCGCGUGAAGUACUACCACGAACAGGCCAAGGAGCGGUUCACCAAGAACUCCAACUACUUGCCAAUCGACUAUUUCGAGCCCUCCAAGCUGCUGGAGGCCUGCGCGGCCAAGGAAGGCACAAAGGUGUUCCCCGGCCAGACACUGAUCGACGUGGUGCUGGCCGACUUCCGCAAGAAGGGUUCUGAUGGAGUCGGCGUGCUGACUAUGAACAGCCCGCCGGUGAACUCGCUUGGCACGAGCCUGGUGACCUCGUUCAAGCAGGAGUUCCCGAAGCUCGUCCAGGAUCCAAAGGUGAAAGCUAUCGUGGUUACUGGCAGCGGCUCGAUGUUCUCGGGUGGAGCUGAGAUCACCGAGUUUGCCAUGAUGGUGGCAAUGGGUGAGGCCGAGAUGAGGAAGAACAACCCCGUGGCGGCCCUGAGCGAGAUGAUGGACACGAUCGAUGCCUCGCCCAAGACUGUGGUAGCAGCUCUCAACGGUCCAGCCUUGGGUGGUGGCUGCGAGGUGAGCUUGGCGUGCCACUACCGUGUUGCGGCGCCGAAGGCAUCCGUUGGCUUUCCGGAGGUGAACCUGGGCUUGCUGCCGGGUGCACAGGGCACUCAGCGGCUGCCUCGCGUGGCCGCUCUCCCUGUAGCGCUGCCGAUGAUCUUGCAGGGACGUCCCAUGAAUGCGGAAGCCGCAAAGAAGAACGGCAUCAUCGACGCGGUCGCCAAAGGAGAUGUGGUGGAUGAGGCUGCAGAGUUUGCGCUCACGCAUCCGCCAGCCCCCAUCUCCAAGCGAGAGGUGCCUAAGACCAACCGUUUCAUGAUGGCAGCCGGAGGUUUGGAGGGGGCAUUGAACACGGCCUUCAACGCACAGCCUUUGAUGGUGGCACCUGGCGGCAUCAUCAAGUGUUUCGAGGCUGCCUGUUCGGGCAAGAGCUUCAGAGAGGGCGUGGCCGUCGAGAUGGAGGAGUUCACGAAGCUGGUCUUCUCCGUGCAAUCAGCCGCUCUGAGACACCUCUUCCUGGCCGAGCGCAUGGCGCAGAAAGUGCCUGGCGUCAAUGAGAAGCCAGCGCCGCUGAAGAAGAUUGGCAUUCUGGGUGCCGGACUCAUGGGCGGCGGCAUCGCCAUGUGCUUCGUGCAGAAGGGAGUUCCGGUUGUCUUGAAGGAUGCGAAGCAGGAGUGGCUGGAUGAUGGCAUGAAGAAGAUCCAGGGACUCUGGGGUGGUCAGGCCAAGAGGGGCCGAUUGAGCCAGGACAAGUACAAGCAGUACAUGAGCCUUCUGAAGCCGACUCUCGACUAUGCCGACUUCAAGGAUGUGGACAUGGUCAUUGAGGCGGUUCCAGAAAUUAUGGACCUGAAGAAGCAGGUGUUCCUCGACAUUGAGAAAAACACCAAGCCGGAUGCUCUGAUCUGCACCAACACAAGCGGGCUGAACAUCGACGAUAUCGCAGCAGUGCUCAAAGAUCCUUCUCGUGUCAUGGGAACCCACUUUUUCUCACCCGCCAACGUGAUGCAGCUGCUUGAGAACGUGCGAACAUCCAAGUCCAGCACCAAAACGUUGGCCACCGGAAUGGCCAUGGGCAAGCUGAUCAGCAAGAAGGCGAUCAUGGUGGGCAACUGUGAUGGCUUCGUCGGCAACCGAAUGCUUGCGCCGUAUGCAGGGGAGGCGAAGAUGGUCCUGGAGGAAGGUGCCAGCAUCGAGCAGGUCGACGCCGCGGCGCAGAAGUUCGGCAUGGCCAUGGGUCCGAUGGCCUUGGGUGACUUGGUGGGCUUGGAGCUUUUCUGGAAGCAGCGGAAGGCGGCCGGUGACAUGCAGAAGCAGACCAAGACCUACUAUGGUCCGUAUGAGCUCACGGACGGCUGUGAUGUGCAUGGUGAAUACAAGCACGCAUUGGAAGCCAGAGGCAGAUGGAAGCAGGUGGAGGAGGUUCAGGUGCCAAGCCUUGCAGAGGGAGAAACCGAGGCGUCAAAGUAUGCGGAUGCAUGCGGUUUGGAGGGAGGUUGUCGCCAGGCCAACGGCCGCGGCGUUUUCAUUCACCGUGGUCGCAGCAAGGAGGUGGAUCCCGAGGUCGUCGCAAAGCUGGAUGAUGUUCGCAAGGCGAAGGGCAUGACACCUCGGGCCGUUUCCGACGAGGAGAUUUGCGAGAGGCUCUUCUUCUCCAUGAUCAACGAGGGCUUCAAGAUCCUCGAGGAAGGGUAUGUGGCCCGAUCCUCGGACAUCGACCUGGCCUACAUCUACGGCUACGGCUUCCCCCCUGCCAAGGCCGGAAUCUGCACUUGGUAG